GGACCAGGCAGACUAAGGGUCCUGUAGUGUCAUUUUCACAUGGAAAAUCCGGGGACAGCACCCUUGCACGUCAUUUGCGACCUACAUAUCCUCUCUCACAUGAAAGUUCUAUGCGCAUCUUGACAAAUUUUGCACGUUUGUUUGUUUGUUUACGUCUCACUACCCUUCUCCUCAUUAUCACUACUCGGCCAAAUAAUGUCGUCUCCGAAUAACAAGUCUCCCGCCAAUGGCGAUGCCGGUGCUGCCGAUGAGAAACCACGACUUACUGAGGAGGAAAAGAAGCAAAACCAUAUCGCAUCUGAGCAGAAGCGACGACAAGCGAUUCGUGAAGGCUUCGACCGCUUAACCGAACUGGUGCCUGGCUUAGAAGGACAGGGGAGAUCCGAAGGCCUGGUUCUGAAGCGGACGGUUGACUAUAUGCGUGAGCAGCUCUCAGAGAGGAAGGCCAUGGUUGAUCGCAUUGAACAGGCUGGCGGUGAUGUCGAUGAGAAACACAAGAGGGCCCUAUAUGAACAGGCGACGAACCCAGGUCGUACUAGGGGAUGAUUACGCACUUGUAUGGUCUUCACAGCUACCGUACGUCAAGAGCCCGAACAGACUCAACAGCCUGGGGUAUUGAAACGAUGGAACUGAUUGACUGUCGCAUAUAUGAUAUCAGCACCUGGCCAUCCGAAAUCGCGAUAGCAAUGAGCCGCGCCACAAUGGCAGCGCCGCGCUAUCAGCAUGACUAGGGAAGAAAGACUGAUAUAGAGACUAUUGUAUCAUACAAAUGUGUUUUUACAGCUAUUAUUACAUGACAUCACAUCUCUAUGUCUAGGCAAAUGUGUCUACCAUGGUUUUGAACCGCUCACGCACCUCCUCUGGUGAUAGCAUCUCCUUACCCAACGAAACCCGCU